ACCAUUAUUUACAUCCACCAUGUUGGUUGGAUGAGAGGGAAGACGACUCGUUUGGCUGCUGUGGUUUGUUUUGCUCCGGUCGUCGCCUUUCAUCUGCUGUUGCGAAGGGAGCCGAACUGACGUCGCAGCUCACUUAUGAAAGGGUUACACUAAAGAAACAAUCUCCACCCAAAAGCUGCAAAGAAAAGAGCUGACAGCUGUUGAAAUCGCAAUUAAAACUUGUAAAAAAAAAAAAAAAAGGCCAAGAAAAUGGCUUCCCGACGACGUGACGUGUCAUAGAAGCGAUUUGGGAAGACAUAAGUCUGGGUAAAUAGCUGUAUGUUGCAAUAGUGGGCCCAAGCAGACGAGUGUUUUGCCUCCGAUUCGAUUCCCCGUCUGUGACAAGUUGCCUUUGUGUCGUUUCUAAGCCGUAAAUUGUGAUGCGAGGUAAUGUGUGACUGCAAUCGGCCUCGCUGAAAGCAAGAAGAUCCGAGUGCUGCGACGGAUCAACGAGGGGAACCCAGAGGAACCGAAGACAACCGAAGAAGAAGAAGAAGAAGAUGUGGCUACGGAUAGUGUUGCUCAUCAUUUACAUUGCCGUUCUGUUCGUCAUCGCUCGUCUCUUGGAGACGUUCGCUUGGUACGAUGCCGGUCUGCUCGCUCACCGUUUGCUCGACCCGAUGACUCUGUCCGUGAAGAAGCUGAAAGCACUUCUCGAGCAGAGAGGGGUCGGAUACGAAGGCAUCGUGGAGAAGAAGGAACUCACGGGUCUAGUAGAAGCCACAGGUGUCGUCACAGAUGAUGAAGUCCUGGAGGUUGGUGAAAUAGAGGAUCCCGCUGAAGUGACCAAUUUUACAUCUGGUUAUGACUUCUACGAACAAGUUGAAGAUACAAAAGACAGUGUUUGGCUAGUACAAGUAAUUGCUAGUGGUCACAAUAGCUCCUUUAUCAAUAAUGCAAGUUGGAAAACUGUGCGGAAGAAAGUUGCCAAAUUUGGGGUCAGAGCUGGUGUGAUGGACUGUUCUCUUGACUGGAAGUUAUGCAGAAAUAAGGGUUGGUAUUCGUCCCAAGUCAUCUUAUCCCUCCCUGAGAACUUCAAAACUAAAGCCAAUGUUGUUAUGUAUGUUUACAAUGGACCUGCCAAACCCAGUUCCAUGUUUAAAUGGGUAAAGAAUAAACUGAAUCGAAAAGUGAAGCAAAUUGCCGACUACGAUGAGUUAAAGCGAGAAUGGCUGUCUUUCCAAAAAAAAUAUGAAAUCCGGGUUGUCCUCUUCACGGAGUUGGCAUCCAUACCGCUGAUAUUCUCGGCUCUCAGUGUUAAAUUUCCAGGUCGUGUACGUUUUGGGACUAUGAAUUCUAAAUCUGGAUCAGGAAAAGAAACUCUAGCUCGUCUGAAACUAAAGCCUCCUGCUUGCUUUGUGAUAGCCCCCGGCAAAACCCUUGUUUAUGGCUCGCGGCCAGGUGAAUUGUUGACGUUUCGAUCAAUGGAAAAUUUUCUCAAGUCCUUAUAUCCUGAAGUGAAUGAUUUCUUUAUUUUAAGUUUGAUUGUUACCAAUUUAAUGGGUUGGUUUGAAUUGUUUCUCAGUCAAGGAAGUCUGUUUCGCCGACUGCUCCGCCUUAUCUGCUGUUGUAUUAAAUACAAUAUUGUACUUAUUAUUUUGUGGCAGCCUUUGCUGGCUCUCUUUCAGUUGUCUUAUUUUGAAAUACUUUUGGAAUGGGGUUUGCUGGCCCUGCAUUUCCUCAGCGGCUCGUCUAUUGGAAGCAUCAUUCGGAAAGAUCUCAUUUUUUACAGUAACAGCCGAUAUCUACUAUUAGGGACAUUUUCCUUGUAUUCUUUACUGGUUGGAUACAUCCAGUACAAACGGAAGAAUGGUAUGAUUGCCGAAGAUGAAUUCGAUUGGUUCAACUUUGCUCAGCUGUUAAACUUUAACCCCUUGUUAAAUCCGUCUUUCCAAAUAGUACAUCCAGGGGGCUUGUACGCGAUGUAUCUGCUGGAAAGCAGCGACAUGUUGUUUGGACACUUUCCUGAUUUAGUAGUCACCGAGAUGCAAUCUGUGGUCUCCAGUGAUUACAUUAAACACCUACCUCGAUGGAAAUAUGGCAGAGUACUUAACCACAAUGAAAAUUCAAAGCUAAAAUGUUCUCAUAAAGAUGAUGUUGAAAAUUUAAUUGCUACACCGAAUCAUGGAUUUUGCUCAGGUUCACCAGAUUUUGAAUCCGGGGAUAACCCUGCAAUUCAAAUGAUGGACGGAAAUUACUGCUGUGGUUGUAUGCAAAGGAAUGCAGCCUCGUCUGAAUCUUGUGUCUCAACUUCACCUCCACCAGAUCUGUCAGAAGAGCAGCAGUCUCGUAAAUCGAAUGAUGUCUGCUGUCCUUUACACAAAAGAAAACACUCUUCGGCCUCGAGUGCAGACGAAUGCAAGCACAAUUCUCUCUGUUCUGCAUCCUCAAAGGCCAACGCCAGAGAAGCAAACCAUCUUGUCUGCUCUGAAAAUUACAAGUUGGUGCCUGAUGGUUUUCUACAGACAAGCCAAUGUGUGAUAUGUUUGGAAGAUUUUGUAAUUGGUGCUGACAUUUGUGGCCUUCCCUGUGCUCAUUUCUUUCAUGAAUGCUGUAUAUUACGUUGGUUGUAUAGAAUGAGUUAUGCAUGCCCCAUGUGUCGGUGGCUCUCUUAUAAUCCGAAACCGGGCUUGGACUUGUGUGAAAUUUUCUCUGCAGUUCCUAACUAAAUGUAACAACAAAUGCAGUUACCAUUUUACUAUUAUUCUAUUUGACUUUGGCGAAACAAAAGGACUUUGGUCGUAUAUUCUUAUUUUCUGUUAUUAUAAUAAUAAUAAUAAUCAUCCUCAUUACUUUCAGGGUUUCUCUUUAGUCUUAGGAGUGGCUAAAGAACAGCAGCUUUUGAACAACAACAACAACAAUAAUAUAAUAGAGUUCUUAUCAAGUAAGAGUAAGAAAACAAAAUUGUCCUCGUCUAAAUAUAUAGUUGAGAUCUAUCACUCCUGCCUAUUUUCUUUUUCUUUCAAACAUCAAGAGUUAAGCUCCAAUAGCCUGUAUUCCUCCAGUAAACAAGCAAGUCGUGGGCUUUCACCACGUAUCUACGGUAAGGCAUGCCUUUGAAAGCUUCAAUUGUUUCUUUAAAAUAUCCACCAAACAUGGAGACCAGCUAGACAUUAUUGUCCCUCUUCUUCUUCUUCUUCUCAUAAAACGAUUUUUGCUUUGCUACAGUUUCAACAUUUCGGUUUCCAAUCGUAGAACUUUCUGUUGUUCUUCAGCUUUAUAACAUUUGCAGUUAUUAGGUAUCUCCCCCUCCCCUGUCAGAAUCAAAGAGGUUCUUUCGGUUGUUGCAAAAUAGAACUCUAACUUCUAACACAAAGAAUUUAACAGUAAUUUUGUGGUUAAAAAUAUUAAAACCUUGUUUUAGUUUAGAAACAACAUCCAAUAGUUUAUCUCAAAAAUGUAAUUUAGACACACAAGACAUUUGUUCUCAGCAGCCUCGUUUUUGAAAUGUUAUUUUGUUAAAUAUUAGACUUUCUUUAGGUAAAAACUGAAAUUAUGUAUAAAGAAUAUGAAUGCAUCUUUUUUUUUUUAAAUAUAAAGAUAGAUUAGUUAAUUAUCAACUGUUAAACUUUUACUUCUUUCAGAUUUAAACCGUUUGCCAUUUUGACCAAACUAGAAUGCUAUUGUGACCAUUUUUUAUUUUGCUGUUAUAAGGAUGGAUAAUUUCUUUUAAAGAUGGAUUUUUAAAAUUAAUUUUGCAAAUGUCAAAGGAUGUUAUUGUUACAUUCCAAAACUUAGUUACAGAAGGAUCUUAUCUCUUCUUUUCCCUCUUAAAAUAUCUCUUGUGAAAGACAGUAUUCUUCUUACAAAGUGUCAGUGAAGCUGUAUCAACAAUUUAAUUGGUUUUAUUUACUUCUCUGCCAUCAUCUUCUAAAGGGCAUGGAUGGCUUCACUCGAUAGGACAGCAGCAAGCUAACAGGGGGUUUGUGUUGACACAGCAUUACAUUCUGUCUAUGACAAAAACAUUUCAUUCACCCUGGCCACUGAACUCCAACAAGUACUGCAGGAUAUAGACCACAGCCACAUUAUACUGUUGCUCCAGUAAGGUACUGCAUGAUGGUAUAACUAAACCACACUAUAAAACUGUCGGAUUUGCAGCACUGAAUUCAAUUCCUCCUGUGAGAAUAGCUAUUUGCAAUAGAUUGGAAUUUGAUUUCUCUUUCAUUCAAUUCAUGCCUCAUCAUCUGGAGAUAAAACAUCAAACCCUGUAGAUCAUGUAUGUCUGAGAAAGGAUAGCAGUUACACUGAGUUAAGCAAACAAAAAUGUUUUAAAGAGUUGCAGCUAUCAAGGUGAUAGUUUAUUGACCUACCGUCCAAAAGUGUUGACAUUUUAUUCUAUUCUGUUUCUGGGAGGUAAAAAUAAAAAAAGUGCUUAUCUAUCACUGGCUGAGUUUGUGUGUAGGUAAUUCACCAGUGUUAGCAGUGGUAGCAUAGUAUAAUUCAUGAGUGUUUGGUUACCUUGCAGUGCUGAGCUCAACAAAACAUCUGAGAGUAACGAAGUUAGUGUUCCAAUGUCCUCUUUUUUUAAAUUGUGAUUCUGAUGAAGAUUAAGUCUACAAUAGUGCCCUCAUCACCCAACUGUUUUAUGUGAUAUUCCUGAAAAACGUCUGUGACCAUUAAGUAAAUAGUGGAUACAAUUUAAACUUGAGAAGAUAAUUUUUGAUGUCUCAUUAUGAGACUUUCUGACAAAUGCUAUACACCAUAACUAGGGCCAAUUUUAUGGCCCCCUAUAACAGGGCAAUGAAUUAUUUAAUAUUGUAUCAUGUAAUAUACCCUACCAUGGCUGCACUCCCCUUUUUCAGUGUAUCAGGAAUUCUCAGUAUUGCAAACUCUGUAAAUAACAAUUAUAUCUUCUGGGCAGAGACAAGACAGAUAUUGACAGUUUCUAUUACAUAGCAUGGCUAGUGGUAUCACUACUAUUGCAAAUAAAAUAGUUUCUUAUGAAAGCAA